ACAGCGAGCCUCGCGUCGUUAUAUAGCGUUAGCGUAAUAACCUCAAAUAUUUCAAACGUUGAGGAAACUUCAUUAAAUAAAACAUUUAUUAGUUUCUUUACAUUAUUUUCAUUGCAUAAAUAUUUACAACUAUAUAUUGUGAAAGGAUAAAAGUAAGUUAAGAAGUCUCCAUACUAGUAGUAGGCCUACAUGCCUAGGACAGAGUGAAGGAUGUUUACAAAUUCAAGAAACUUUGUCUCUGCUCAGGAUGGUCCUCUUUCCUUGAAUUAUAUCCGCAACUUGAACAUAGUGCUUGUGGGAAUUAUACUUCUGAUACAGCCUUCCUGAAGAUAUUGGGUAACAGUGACUUCAUGUAAAUAUUAGUUUCAUAGUAGGUAACAAAAUUGAUUGACUGAAGUGUUAAGCUUUCAUUACUGUAAAUUGGAUGAAUCGGAUUUUCAAGUAUGGAUACAUUGACAAGCCCAGACGAGUGGUCUAUUUGGAAAAUGAUUGACUUGAGUCACGAGGAGAUCAUGGAGACUCUAGCUCAGCCUGUUCAACAACCUGAAGUGGACCACAUCUAUCAUCUGACUUGUCUGAACAUCGUUGAACCUUUUCCACAUGUUCAAUCCUGUUUUAGCACACAUGAGCUUGGCAUAAUAGCAGACUACUUGCACACCACGUAUGGCCUGCUUCAUAAUGACAAAUCGACUCAAUUAUCUCCACCUAACCAAUUGAAUCCCAUCUCUUUGACAGCAUUAACUGAAGAAUCAGAAAUAUUGCACGAGGAAUUUUAUUUGAAUCCCAGUGAAAAUUCAAGCAGUAUGGAAAUUGAUGAAUCUAAAAUGAUGUUGUUGGAUAGUGCCAAUGAAUACAUAUUAGAUACUACUCGAUCCACAUGUUGGCCUAUUAUGGACUCCAGUUUUAUUUAUUUCGGUCAAGCUCUCAGGGACUCAAAGUUAACCCAUCUUUCUCUCAGUAAUACUAAAGUUACAAGCAAUUUACUUAUCGAAUUCCUCAAAUACUUGCCAGAAUCUCAAAUUGUUUCUCUUGAUUUACCAGAAAUAGUUGGAAGAAUACCUGUUCACUUUGAUGGUGUUGAUUAUGAUGAUGAUGAUGAUGUAAAUGAUGAUGAUGUAAUGAUGAUGAUGAUGAUGAUCAUCAUCAUCAUCAUCAUCAUGAUCUUGAUGAUUAUCAAGAUAAUGAUGAUCUUGAUGAUCAUGAUCAUAAUGACAAAGGAUGCCUUGAUAAACUGUAUAAUUUAUGCUGCUGCUUUAACCGGAAUACAAGUCAUACAUCAUCAGAAAUUGGUCGUAAUAAUAAUAAUAGACAAAAUGAUGAAAAAGUUGAAAUAAAUUGGUCACAGCAUCUUGCCACAAUACUUAAAGACACUGAAAUCAAUUCUCUUAAUUUUAAUGGCAAUGCCAUCAAUUUGGAAAUGCUCACUUGUUCACUGGUCGGUACAAAACUAUCCUCUCUUAGUUUUAGAGGGUGUAAGGUAGAAGAUAAUGGUUUAAACCGAUUGGCAAGUAUUUUGAAAGAUACACUACUCACGUCCAUAGAUCUUAGCAAUAAUUCAUUGGACUGUGUGAGAUUAAAGAUGAUUGUAAACGGUUUGGAGGGGACAAGUAUUGCAACUCUGAACCUAAGCUCAAAUAGAAUAGGUGUUGAUGGACUGAAUUGCUUGGGUGGUGUAUUGAAAAGCACUGCAAUCACAAAAAUUGAUCUCAGUAGAAAUAGGUUGAAUUGUGAAUGCUUGAAAGUAUUUGCACCUUAUCUUGUGGGUACAAAUAUUACCUCCCUCAAUUUGGCGGCCAACCAGAUAGGCAUUGAUGGUCUGAAAUGCCUAGCACAUGUUCUGAAGGACACAAAAAUAGAAUCAAUUGAUUUGGGAUCAAAUAGUCUGAGCUCUGAAAGUUUUAAAAUAUUAUCAAACUGUUUGUUGGAUACUAGAAUCACAUCACUUUGUUUAAGAGGGAAUGUUCUUGACACUGACAGUCUGAAUUGUAUGACACAUUCUUUGAAAGAAUCAAAAAUCUCUUCAAUUGACUUGAGUGAAAGUAACUUACAAUGCGAUAGUUUGAAGUUGUUGUCCUCGGCGUUGGUGAGUUCAAAAAUUGAUUCACUCAAUUUGAGCCAUAAUAGAAUAGGUGUUGAUGGUAUUAAUUCUCUGGUUGAAAUAUUGAAGGACACUGAAAUCACCACCCUAGAUUUAAGUUAUAAUAGAUUGAGGGAUAUUAAUGUAUGUUCGAGAAUAUUUGCAUGCUUGAAUGAGACUAAGAUAGACUCUCUUAAUGUGUUGUCAAAUCUAAUAGAUUACGGCUUUUUAACAAAUAUUUUGAAGGGUAGUAAAGUUACUUCAAUUGAUCUUGGUUACCCCCCACAUGAUCAAGACUUUGAAAUGUUUUUAUCAUGUUUAGACAAUUCAAUAAUCACUCGCAUGAAUUUAAGUAACAAUUAUCUUGGGCUUGCUUUCAAAAAACUAGUUUCUGUUCUCAAAUACACUUUAAUCACCUCACUGAACCUUGGAAAAUGUUAUUUAUCAUGCAAUGACUUGACAGAUCUGUUUUUGUGCCUACCUGAUACGAAAAUCACAUCGCUCAAUCUCAAUGGAAACAGGUUUUGUGGUAAUAUAAUUUAUUUGGCAUCGGUUUUGAAAUGUGCUAAAAUCACUUCUCUCGACUUGAGCAAUUGUCGAAUUUUAGAAAAUAAUCAUAUUAGUUUGGUUGAUGAGAGAUCGACUCCGGUGACACAUCACUUGAUCUGAGUGAUUGCUGUUGCUUCUUCAGUUUAUGCUACUUGUCACGCCAGCUAUGCCAAACAAAAACCACACACCUUAUACUAUCUGGCAAUGAUAUGGUUUACAAUUCUAUGAAAUAUCUUUCUAAGGGACUUUUGAGCUCACAUAUUGUUGCUCUUGAUCUGAGUAGAGCCAGAGUGGAUUGUUGUGGUGUUCGCGACUUAGCUAAAGUGCUUAGAUACACUCGGAUCUCAUCGUUAAACCUAUCUUCCAAUAAAAUCGCCUGCAAGGGUAUCGGCUAUUUGACAGAUGGUCUUGUGGGGUGUCGAAUUUCAUCAUUGAAUCUAUCUAAGAAUAGAAUCGCUUGUCAAGGUUUCAAGUAUUUGAUAAAGGGCUGUCGAAUUGAAUCGCUCAAUUUGCGUGAAAAUCUUAUUAAAGAUGAGGGUGCCCAACAUUUCGCUGAAAAUCUUGCAAAUACUGACAUUUCUGAAAUUGAUUUGUGUGGAAAUAUGAUUGGAAGCGAAGCAGCAUAUCAGUUGUUCAACAGUGCAAAGCAAAAAAGCAUGAAUCACAUUAAAAAGGAUGUGACUAAAGUUCACCUUGAUGUUAAGAGCAAUGAUCUAAUUAGUCAUAUGAGUUCGUAUAAAUAUCCAGAUUGCCUUGUUCAAAUCAGUGAGCCAUGCUGCAGAGAAGAUGUCAAUUUUCUAAUUAACAAUACCUAUAAAAAUCUGGGUAUAACCAAAUUGGUCUUAGAGGGCAAACAUUUCUCACAUAUGUUGGGAGCAUUUGACAACAUCAGUAUCACAGAAUAUGAUCAUUCCUUCCGUGAACCUAUUCCAAGGAAUUACUCCAAGGAUCAUAACAUAUCUCAAAUACUUCUAAAUAGCAAUAUUGCAGUACUGAAUGUGAAUGCUAGUGAUUGUAGAAAACUGUUGAAUGAAGGAAAUCUCAUUUUAAAGUUGAAAGUUAUUGCUAUAAAAAUGAAAAUUGUAGUUUUCGAGCAACUAGUUGGCUACUGUGCACGCGGUGUCAAAUCAACACUGAUCAACAGCAAUGUGGUUUACUUGGAUUUGAGUAAUAACAAGUUAAUAGGUGAUGAUUUUGGGCUAUUGGUUGAAGUUUUGAAGGGUUCCAAAAUAAUCUCUCUAAACCUGAGCAAUAAUCUUUUGAAUGAAAGAAGUGCUGAACUUUUAGCUGAGGUCCUUCCUCUAACCAAAAUCAUCUACAUAGAUUUGUAUGGGAAUAGAAUCGGAUAUUUAGGUUAUAUAUACCUUGUAAAAGCUGCUCCCAAGUCGAGAGUUUGUUGGCUUUCACUGGGCAACAAUAAUAUUGAAGAGCGUUUGCGAGAAAACAUAGAUUUAUCACCUUACAUUGUGCCACGAGACGAUACACCAAUCGAAUUUCAAAUACGCUAUUUGUUUAGAGAGUUAGUCUCACUUGACUCAACUAGUGAACAAUUCGAAUUCGUUGUUCCCCGGGAUGACUCUGUCAUGAGCAUCAAUGACUAUCCACUUUUAUUAAAGUAUCUCCCAAACUACAAAAUCCACAUUUAUGAUUAUUUCUACAUGAAGAGCAUGAGGAGACAUGACAUUCACAUGCUAAAUAAAGUUAACGCUUUUGUCAAAGAUAUGAAACACAAAUUUAAUUCGUUUAUUGAAAGCGAGAUGGUGAAACUGGGAGAGAAAUUUGGCUACGAUAGCUUUGUGAUUCUUGUAAAAUUAUGUGAUUGUUUGGAUUUGUCUGAUUUUGUUGAAUUGCUUCUGCUGCAUAGAGUAUUGUAUUAUGUAGAUGAUGAACUGAAUUUCCUGCAUCCAUUUAUCUAUAAAAUGUUGCAUAAACAUCAGUUACCACUGUAUGCCAGCUUUGAACCAAAUAAGAAGCAGCAGAUAAUAUCUUACUUUGAGAAGCACUCAGAUAUUGAUUGUGCCCGUGAGAUUAUUAAUUUACUUGAUAGGUUAUGAAUUUCUUUCUAUUUUUAUUGUAUCGCUCAAUUGAUGAAUUACAUUACAUUUUAAUUAUCAACUUUUUUAAAAAUUUCAGAAGUAAUGGGCCACAUUAUUGAGUAUGACUAUUACCAUACUUCAGCUUCAAAUAAGUUGAAAGUGAUCGUAACCUAUAAGCAAAAACCACAUUACAUUGUAAAUCACUCUGAGAAUUCUCUUUUAUAACAUUCAAAAUGAAGUUUAGUAUUUUAGUUUUGAGGCCUGUUUCAUGAAGUUUCACAUACAAGGCGUUUAAAUUCUUACGAAUCUGACAAUUUUCUAUCGAAUGACAAUAAUAAUGAGAUGAGGUCUUCAAACCUAGUUAUUUCAACUGGUCACUGCUUGAACGGUUUUAAGUUAUUCCAAUAGAUGUCAAUUGACAUUUUGUUGAAAAGACAAAUUCUCGUUGAGAUUGCACAUUCCGAAAUAAUAUAAUCUGCAUAAUAUUUUUAUAACAGACUAUUAUUGAUAUUAUCAUAUUUUUAAUACAAUAUUAUAUUAUAGAAGUGAUUUAUUUUCAGUGCUACUUAAUAUUUUUAUAUCCAAUUAUUUUAUUAUACAGAGUGUUCACAAAUGAAUAUCACAGUUUCAGAAUUGAAUUGAACUUGAAGUUUAAAAUCAUGAGUCAAGUGAAAAGGCGAGAAAUCUAGCAGUUUUAUCGAGCCUAGUCCGUAUGAAUACCAGUAGCCACAACCCACAUCAAGUUUACAGUCGAGGUUUUUCCAAACAUUGAUAAGUGUGUCUUCAGUAAUAUUCGAUCCAGCUUGAGUAAUUCAGCAUGGUCAGUUGGUAGUGGAGACAUGUAUACCUACACACUAUCCUUGAUGAAGCCACACAGGUAUAAAUAGUAUGACGUUAGGUCAGGAGAACAUGGAGGCCAACAUAGUAAGCCCUUUAGUCCAUUUAAGGUGGGGAUAAAGCCGCCGCGGUGUUGCUGCAUUGACACCGUCAACCACGAGUAAUGUAAUAAGUGCUCCAUACAAGCCCACGUAAAACGGCUUCUUGACUGGGAAAUUGAAGGCGGUCAGUAGGCCUACUUCCCAUUACCUUACAUCACUUGAAAUAUUAUCAAAUUUCUUCCAGUUAUUUUAGUCAGUAUUCUAAAAAGUAGGCUAUAUAGAGAGUUUCUCAAAGUAAAAGCUCAUAAAAUGUAACAUAGUAUUUACAGAAACACUGAAGUUAACAAUAUGAAACUAUAUAAUCGUCACUCAUUUUGACCUAAAUGUCUAUUCAUAGCUGAAAAAUACGUCUAUGAGACGUAGGUCUGAUGUAAGUAUUUCCCUUCAAUCACUGAGUAAUAAACAACGAGAAGUCUAAUUAAGUAGGAGCUUACACUGUUUUCAGAAAUGUUGUGGAACUUCUCCCUGAUGAGGUGAAAAAGUAUAAUUAUUAAUUUUUCACCUCAUUAAGUAGGAGCUACUGAAGUAGUAGUAAUUAAGUGAUAGGCUACUGUGCCUGUGAGAGUUAUCAGCCAGUACCAUGUGGCUACUGUGCGUGUUGCCAUGACUACCGCGAGUUUUUAUUUUUGUUCCAAUUGGCAGAGCUAGAUUUCUAUCUCCCUCCAACGUUAGUUUACCCCUCCUGUCAAAAUCGGAAGUUAUUUUGUCCAGACUAUAACAGUGGCUUAUAGACGGAGACGGCGGCCAGUGACCUCCAUUACGUCACUUUACAUCAAUUUGAAUUUGCAAAACAUCAGUCGUAUGAAUAAAAAUUUACACAAAGAAAAGUUUCAGUCACCAGUAACUUAAGAGUUGCUUUUCUACUUGAAAUUUUUUAAAACUUCAGUUUAAUGUAAAAAACUUUAUAAUUAGUUAAACUGUGAUAUUCAUUUUUUAUACACCCUAAACUCAGUUUAACUUGACUUAACUGUUAUACCUUGAUAUUUUUCUUCAAAUUGUUCUCUAUACUAUGUCUAUUAUUAUUUUAAUCUUAUUCCACUUACUCAUUAUUUUUUUUCUAUACUGAGCGCAUAUAUACUUAUAUUUUUUUGUGAAUUGCAUGUUAGCCUACUGUAUUGCUGGGUUGUAAAUUAGUUGUUAAAUUAGAUUGAUACUUGCUAAAUUAGAUUGUAAAUAGAAGUAAAGACUUGAAAUUAAAAAAUAAACCUUAAUGCUACCAAUUCAUGUACAAAAUAUGUAAGUGGUUUACUAUAACAUUGUGAAAUAUGAAAUGAUGAAAUUAUAAUAAAUUUAGCUGUUAUUAGGUUAAAAUUUAGCAUAGGCAUUCAAUGAGCUGGAAAUCAAUCAAUUUUUACAAGCGCCAAACCGGUUGACCAGAAAAUGAAAUGAAAGCUUUUAACCAAAGCGUCUCUUGAGGCCAAUGCUCAAGCCACUUCUAUAUCUUAUAAUAAAGUUAACUUCAAGCUGU